AUGACCACUUACCACCAGCAGACGGCACCGGAAUAUGUGUCUGUGGUGUUCUCCAGCUCCACCUCUCGGACAACCAAGAUGGCGGGAGGCAGUGAAUGGCUGACCUCAGAUGAUUCAGACAAGAACAGGUGUGUUGCAAGCAAUGAGCACAUAGAUGCCAUUGCACCAUCCCUGCUGGUAACAGUGGAUCAAGGAAAACUAGGUCAAGAAGCUGUGGAAGAAGAUGGAAGCAAUCUAGGGCUCCCUGACCCCCCCCCCCCCAAAAAAAAGAAGCAGAGGGUGACAGAAGAGAAGGAUUCUGGGAGUUUGCUUGAGGUACCCAAGACAGACUGGACUCGGGUCAUUUGGAUUCUAAAGGCACCAGAAGACAUGGAGACCAAAGUUGACACCACCAUCUUUGACUGCAUUGUAGAGCUGAAGGACCCCAAUACUGAAAUGAUAUGAAACAAGAACCCUGAGCUUUUCAGGAUCCAAUAUUCCCUGGGAAAGGAGCAUAUGAGAAAGGUGGGCACCAAGUACAUGCUGGUUAUUACCAACAUAAACAUGAGCAAUGCCAGUGUCUACAUCCUGACUGUGGGAGACAACUGGAUGAGUGCUAGACUUGAUUUCAUGCCGAAGUUCAACAGCAAUGAGCUGAAGAGGGGGGACAAGUAGGAGAUCUCAGGCCAUGAGGGUGGCCUGACCUAGACACUUAAGAUCAAAGAUGCCAGACUCGGCAACAGUGGCGAGUUCUCUGCCCAACUGCCCUAUGACCAUGAAAGUGGGCUACAUGGCUUACAAGCAAGGCUAUUGCCCAAAGUGACCUGAUAAGAUGUUACGUAGGUGACCAAGUAGGAGCAUGUGUCCAUGGAGCACAGAGAAGACCAGGAUCUGCUCACCAUCUCUGAUUGUAUACAUAAAGACAUCAACUUAGUCCUGCUCAAGCUCAAGAAUGACAGUCACACAGCAACUGCUACUGUGUGCAUCUCAAUGUACCGUCCAAAGCCUUGCCAAGGCCCAGUGCAGUUCCUGGAGCUCUUGGUUAACUGAGUGCACAGGAAAUGGAAGGCCCGCCUGCAAAACAAACCCCCUGGCCUUGCCUCUCAGCCUCCAGUGGCUAAUGUGACCAGGGAAUUGGUGACCAUCACAUAGAAAAUCCCUGCCCAGGAUGGGGCAGCAGUGCUUGGCUACCUUGUCGAGUGGAGAAAGAAAGGCAAUAAUCUGUGGGUGCCAGUCAACAAGAACCCCAUCCAGGUUAGAGCUGUGUAUAAUAAGGCCACCCUAGGACAUCCCAGCAUGCUAAUCAGUUCAGUGGUGGCCAAGGAUCCUAAAACUCCAGGCCAGGUACAGGGCCCAAGAAUGUCUGAUUCCUGCAACUCAAGCAUCUCCCUUGGCUGGUGUGAGCCUGUAGGGGACCCACCAUCCAGCUACAUCCUUGAGAUGAGAGCUGAAGGCAGCAAACAGUAGAGCAAGUACAUGAAAGAUCCCAACUCUGAUACCCACUACACAGCAGGGACCCUCACCAAGAAGCAGAAAUGCUUCUUCCAUAUCCGAGAUGUCAGUGAGGCUGGGGUUGGAGACCCUGUGGAGCUAGAUGAGGGCCCACAAGACACCACCACCAGGUCCCUGGAGCCUAGGAGACUAUUUGAUAAUGAGAAGAGCCUUCUUCCAAAUACUUCCCUGAAAGACAGCAUUACAAUCAAGGGCUGGAAAACCACCACCAAGGUCAAAAACUACCCAUUCCUCGGUAGCAGCACCAAGUGUUCCAACUAAGAAGUGUGUUGGAUCUUGCUCCAGAAUGAGUUUAGAGGCGCACGCUAUGGUGUCUACAUGCUUGUGGUACAGGUGGUGGCAGAGACCUUCUGCAGCUAUCCUUGCACACUCCACCAAAGGACAUCUGCUGCCUACCCCUCACAGAAGGAAAGUGUGGUAUGGUUCCAUCUUCCAACAGUCUGGGCAGUGACUCUGACCUGGAACCAUCCUGAUGUCCAAGACGAUGGUGAGGCCCACUAUGUCACAUGCUGGUUCACUGCAGCCAAGCGUGUCUUCAGCAACAAGUGCAUGGAGGACCUGAACACCAUGCUGAAAUUGUAUCAGCAGGACUGGCACUAUGCACCCCACUUUCUGAUCCACUGUGAUCAGUGGCCAGGACUACACCAUCACUGGCACUUCCUUGGGAACCCAUGGCUCAUGGUGACUAUCUACAAGGGUGAUGUCAACAUCACUGUCAAUUCCAAGUUCUGGCACAACUUCAGCAGCACUGUGUGUACCCUGGUCAUCCCCACCUGCACGCUGAAGGACAGUCGUGAAUAUGCACUGAAGAAUGGGCUAGGCAAGGACCACAGCAGCUGCGUGCUCACUGUCUAUGGUGCUCAACUAAGCACUAAGAAGAUAAUGCUUCCAGAACAGCUGCUGAACUGUGUCAGCACUAAGCCAGGAGGGUGCAGGGAUGGAGGUGGGGGAUCCAGCUUCCACUCCACAACCAGAGAUCCCUGA